AUGCCUUCACAGCCAGGUAUAAAUGCUAAGAUGAGAGUGAUUCUUGUUGAUUGGAUGGUUGAAGUUCAUAGAAGAUUCAAACUCAUGCCAGAGACUUUUUAUCUGACUCUUAAUAUUGUUGACCGAUUCUUGUCCAUGAAGGUUGUUCCUAGAAAGGAACUUCAGCUUGUUGGCAUAAGCUCAAUGCUUAAUGCAUCUAAGUAUGAAGAGAUAUGGGCACCAGAGGUUACUGAUUUUGUAUGCAUAUCAGACAAUGCCUAUGUUAGAGAACAGGUUUUGGUUAUGGAGAAAACAAUCCUGGGAAACCUGGAAUGGUAUUUAACAGUUCCUACUCCUUAUGUCUUUCUGGCCUCUACUCCCUCUGAUAAACAGAUGGAAAAUAUGAUCUACACUUAG